AUGAUUGAGAUUCAAGCAAACGAUAGGUUGGGGAAAAAGAUAAAAGUAAAAUGUUUACCAACAGAUACAAUUGGAGAUUUGAAGAAAAUUUUAGCACUACAAAUUGGUACACCAUAUGAUAAAAUCAUACUAAGAAAAGGUCAUCAAGUAUACAAAGAUCACAUAGAGUUAGAUGAUUAUGAAAUUCAUGAUGGAUUCAAUUUUGAGUUAUACUAUGGUUAA